UCAGUGACUGCAAAUUUUUCCUGAUUCCAAUCGGAACAGCAGUUAUCGGGGUACACUCGACAGCUGGACGGAAAAUAAAGUUCUCUCCAAGGGUUACUUUGGAUCAAGGUAGACUCUAGUUGUUGAAACCGUUGUCAGGUUCUAUGUGUGCAGUGAUAAAGGCAUGGAGAACAAAAACUUGGAGAAAUGCAUCAUCAAGUUGCAGGAAGCUACAUCUGACAAUGAAAAGUUUGCAGCCAUGUUGAUGGUGGCUAAAACUACAAGAUGCUCAGACAUGAGUAAAGAAGACAAGAAAAGAAUUUUUAAUGCCAUUGGAUUGUCAUUUCUCAUCAGACUUCUGAAAUCAGAUUCUCAGCCAGAAGAAUGCUCUGCCAAUAUUUACAAAUGCAUGGCAUUAACAGUACUCUCUGGGCUCUGUGCUGAUACUGACUUGGUGCAAAGUGCCCCUUUGUAUCGCAUUCUUAAACCACUGAAUGAAGUCAUUCUGAUCAGACGGAGUAACGACGAUGAAGAGGUGGAUAACAUGAUCAAUGAUGCGUUUGAAAUCCUGAAGAUGUUUGCUGGAUCCCAGCAGGGAAUACAGCAUUUGCUGGACAAUGGCACCAUCUCUGCCUUAACCAAAGUCAUUGCUAAAGAAUUAUAUGGAGCUAAAAAAGCCUUCGAUUUGAUGACCUUCAUAUUGCACACAAUGAAGCCGUGUGUCUGGACCGGACAGGAACAAGCUCUGGGAAGGCUGCUCAACUAUUUUGCCAAGAAAAUGGCAGAAAAUCAGGACCAGGAAAAAUUCGAACUUUGUAAUUUCAUUGGCAUGAUAUUAAGAGUGACCCCUAUAUCUGAGUUCAGAAAGGCUGAACAGCAACAAUGGCAUAAGUCAAUUUUGAAAGGAAUUCAAGAUAUAUUCAGCAGUCGAUUGGGAGAAGCUCAAAGAGAGCCAGCCCUGAAACUGGUGGCCUCCCUGAUAGAUCGAGUAGGAAUGGAGUUUGUUCUGCCCCCUAACAUGAAGGACAACAAAGUGCUCCUAAUGAUUAUACACCUCAGUUGUAUCGAGGUCAGGAUGACUCUGGAAAACUUUCCCGUGGACAAGAUUUCAGAGAAGGCAGAUUUGCUUUGUGCUUGCUAUCAUCUUUUGGAGAACAUCAUUAUCUACCUGACCACAUCCCCUAGUCUUCUACUGGAUGAAAAACAGAUCCUUCAGCUUCAUUCAGCCAUGUUAGGGGCAUUCCAUUCCAUCAUUUUCUUCCUAAAGGAACUUUCAGAUGAAAACAAUGCCAAAGGACAGUAUCAAAACCCAGUUGUAAUAGCUACAGUCCGUGUCUUAGGAGCAUGGCUGGCUGAGGAAACAUCUGCCCUCAGAUCAAAGACUUAUGAAAUCCUGCCAUUUUUGUUACAUUUAUGCAAACUACAGAUGGAGUUUUCCCACAUAUUAAGUUCUCAAGAGGGAGGCCUGGGUGCAAAUCCCAAAGGAUUCAUCGAUGACAUUGGUUUUGAAAACAUCAAGAAAAAAGUGAACAUAGACACUCAAGCCAUUUCCGAGGCACUGUCAGAAUGCCUCACCAUGGAGGAUGAGGAAGAAGGAAAUUUCGAGGAAGAGCAAGGUGAAGAGAAAAAAGUAGGAAAGGAAGUUGAUGAAGGGGUAGAUGAACAGGGAAAAAUGGAAGUUGAAAGAGGAAAACAGGAAGGACACAAGAGUGUGAACAGUAACUGUGGAAAUGUGAUUCAGAAUUCGAAACAUGAGGUACUGAAAAAGGAAGUUGAGGAUACUAAAGAGGAAAGUGCAAAUUCAAAGGAGAAUUGUGAAGCAAUUUCUAGUGAUGGAAAUUCCCAAAUGAACCAUGAGGACAAUAGUGCUUCUUCCAGUGUUGAUCCAAAUGUUGACAAGGUGAUUGGUGAUAAUGAGGUAGAGGCCUCUAAGAGUGUUUCCAAUGGAGCUGUGGACAGUGAUCUGGAUGAGGAUGAUGCCUCAUAUCUGGAAGAUUCCGGAAGUAUGAGUGUGGAUUUACUGAGAUUCCUCCUACCUGGACUCUGUCAUCUCACCUCAGAGGAUGAACCCAGACAGAUCUUAGUGGACAAUGAACUGUUACCCAUGUUGAACCAUUAUAUGAAACAUAUGUUGAAGCGAUAUUUUAAGGAUGACUCCAAUGACAAUGUAGUAAAAGCAUUGGAGUUGUUGUGUAAUAUUUUCCUGAACUUUGCUGUGAUGGAGCCCAAUUUGGUUAGGAGGAGCACACACUUAGUAAAUGUUACACUGAUUGUAAUGGAGGCAGUGCCUCUUGUAGGAAGAAAAACAGAAUUUAACCCUUUGUGGCUCAAAAUGGUUACACUUGGCAUGUUUUAUUUGAGACAUCAAAGCUGUGCAGUAAGAAGUGUUGCUGCUGAGGAUGUCUUGGUGCACUUCUUUAUCUGUGCCUGUACAUUUGUGAAGGGAGCCUUCAUCAACAGCUCUAAAAACAGGAAGAAGGACGUCCUCACUGUAUCUCCUAAUUAUCUCCCCUUCUGGGAGGAGGCUUCUCAACUCUGGUUUCUUACAAUACAAGCAAUGACAUCCUGUACAGCCAUGUACCCCCAGUUAAUUAAAGCUGUCCUAAUAUCAGGAAUGAUGCCACAGCUGGCUAAAGUCUUCAUUGCAGUACAAGGUCGAGAUGUUGGAGAUGAAGUCAUCAGAUGUGUGCUGGCCUUGUUUAUCACUAUGGCACAUUUUCAUGAAAAAGUUAGAAAUGUCAUCAAAACAACAGGGGGACUACAGCUUUCCAAAAUUUACGAUUCAAAAGAAUUGCGUAUAGAGCUUGGAAUUGCUGAAAAAAGUGGAAAUGAGAAGAAAUCCUAAAUAAAAAUUUAGCUCACUCCAGCACUGGACUUGUAGAAAUAUGAUGAAGAUUAAUAUUAUACGGCAUCCAGAAGAUGCACAAACUCUACUGGAAAUUACAAAUUUUAAUUUGGAAAUUCUCGAGAAAAUGUUCAGAGACAAGGUUUCUACUUCACUAUUCAUUAUCUGGCAUGGACAAAAAACCAAAAGACAAGAAUAAAUAAAACUUUUAAAACAA